AGUUCCUAACUUUUACUGGAAUAAACUUUAUGAACAGAAGCAAAAGAACAUGGGAAAAACUUUCCCAAAUACCUUCUAGAUGAACAUCAUACUUGGCAAAUGUCAGCGUGGGUGACGGUCACGUGGACAAGCAGGAUACGGGUCUGCGAUUAUAUAACGGAGGACAGAAUGAUGUGAGGACUCAGAGCUCUCAGACUAAACUUUCUAAUCUCCAGCUGAUCUCGGUGCUGUUAGAAUGAUGAACCUGACGCCUCUGCUGCUGCUGCUGCUGGUCGGCUCUCUGCAGCUGGUUUCUGGAACCGGUGGUUCUAAUGCAGGCCGCGGCAGCUGCUGUGAAAAUACCACAAGAAAAAGGAUUCCUCUAAAAAUGAUCAGAUCUUACAGCCGGACCAGCAGUAACUGUCCCAUCCAAGCAGUGAUUUUCAGGAUGAAUGAUGGAAAGCAGAUCUGUGUGGAUCCUGAAGCUCCUUUGAUAAAGAAACACAUAAAAAAGGUGGAUCUUAAACAGAAAUCAUCAACAACCAGCGGAACCAUAAAACCCAACACCAGCUCAACACAAAGGGAGAACAUGCCAACUCCACACAAGCUGAAAUCGAACCCCAACCCUGUGAUGGAAGCUCCUUAUGGUGCUAAUUCAGCCCGCGGCAUCACCAGUUCAACACUCAUUACCAGUUCAACACUCAUCACCAGUUCAACACCCAGCUCAACACCCAGCACCAAUUCAACACCCAUCACCAGUUCAACACCCAGCACCAGUUCAACAUCCAUCACCAGCUCAACACCCAGCACCAGCUCAACAUCCAGCACCAGUUUAACACUAAUCACCAGUUCAACACCCAUCAGCAACUCAACACCCAGCACCAGCUCAACUCCCAUCACCAGUUCAACACCCAGCACCAGCUCAACUCCCAUCACCAGCUCAUCACCCAGCACCAGUUCAACACCCAGCGCUAACUCAACACCCAUCACCAACUCAACACCCAGCACUAACUCAACACCUAUCAUCAGUUCAACACCCAGCACCAACUCAACACCCAGCACCAGCUCAACUCCCAUCACCAGUUCAACACCCAGCACCAGUUCAACACCCAUCACCAGCUCAUCACCCAUCACCAGCUCAUCACCGAGCACCAGUUCAACACCCAGCGCUAACUCAACACCCAUCACCAACUCAACACCCAGCACUAACUCAACACCUAUCAUCAGUUCAACACCCAGCACCAGUUCAACACCCAGCACCAGCUCAACACCCAGCACCAGUUCAACACUCAGCACCAACUCAACACCCAUUACCAGCUCAUCACCCAGCACUAACUCAACACCCAUCACCAGCUCAUCACCCAUUACAACUGCAACACCCAUCACCAGUUCAACAUCCAUCACCAGCUCAACACACAGCACCAGUUCAACACCCAGCACCAGUUUAACACUAAUCACCAGUUCAACACCCAUCACCAACUCAACACCCAGCACCAGCUCAACACCCAGCACCAGCUCAACACCCAGCACCAGCUCAACACCCAGCACCAGUUCAACACCCAUCACCAGCUCAUCACCCAGCACCAGUUCAACACCCAUCACCAGCUCAUUACCCAGCACCAGUUCAACACCCAGCGCUAACUCAACACCCAUCACCAACUCAACACCCAUCACCAGCUCAACACACAGCACCAGUUCAACACCCAUCACCAGUUCAACACCCAUUACCAACUCAACACCCAUCACCAGUUCAACACCCAGCACCAACUCAACACCCAGCACCAGCUCAACACCCAUCACCAGUUCAACACCCAGCACAAACUCAACACCCAGCACCAACUCAACACAAAGGGAGAACAUGCCAACUCCACACAGACAGGACCCGGACCUCUCCACCUGGAAAUCGAAUCCCAACCCUGUGAUGGAAGCUGCUGGUGGUUCUAAUUCAGCCCACGGCAUCUGCUGUCAAAAUAUCACAACAGCAAAGAUUCAUCUACACAAAAUCACAUCUUACUACAGGAUCGACAGUAACUGUCCUAUAAAAGCAGUGAUUUUCCAGGUGAUUAAUGGGAUGCUGUUCUGUGUGGAUUCUGAAGCUGAUUGGGUUAAGAGUCACAUGACACGGCUGGAAUUGAACCCUGUGAGGAAAGCUCGUGGUUGUAAUGUGGGCCGCGGCAUCUGCUGUCAAAAUAUCACAAGAGUAAAGCCUCUUCCUCUACACAGAAUCACAUCUUAUAGCCGGACCAGCAAAGACUGUCCAGUAAAAGCAGUGAUUUUCCAGACGAUUGUAGGAAACCAGUUCUGUGUGGAUCCUGAAGCUCCUUGGGCAAAGAAGCACUUGAAAGUGAUGGAUCUUAAACUGAAAUCAUCAACACCCAAGGCUUUGAGGUUACCACUCGGUUGUCAAAUAUCAGCAUUUUAUUUUAUUUCAUAGCUUUCUUUCUUCCAUCCUUGUAAUGCUACUAUAUUAACAAAAUACACAUCCUGCUGCUGAUGCUGAGGAACUGAUCCAUACAUCAAUUUGCCCUUCAGUGCCCUUGAAUGUUUUGCGUAGAAGCCAAAAAUCGUAUCAGCCUUAAGGACUCAGAAUACUUCACGCGGAGACGAUGUUCGCCUGGCUUCGGCGACCAAUGUGACGUAAUUGAGGAGGAAGCAAAACAACCACGGUCGUCACGCACAGCAUUAGUACGUACUGUUUAAAUAUGCGAUUUUGGACACAGCCAUCAUUUUUGGUAGUCAUGGAACAUUAUUAAAUGUCACAGCGCCACCUGCAGCUGUGGAGCAGACGCGACAGGCAAAAUGAAACCUCUGGAAGUAUGCCAGCUUGUAAGCUUGUGAAGGCGUGUUCGACUUAGUUUCGCUGGAAGUAUGUCACCUUAAUUCGGCAAUCGUGUCUUCUUUAGGUCUCUGGAAUUCUUUUCCACCUCAUGUCCAACAGAUCAACACCUCAUCUACACUUCAAACUGGACUGAAAACUUUUCCUCUCUCGCUUAUUAAUGUCUGUAUGAAUUAUUAUUAAUGUUUACUGGUGUAUAGAGCUCUGCGUGGCCUCAGUGCCCCUUUUCAGAGUACUAUGAGGGCUUAGGUUGUUCUCAUACAGGGUGUAAUAUACAUUAUGUUUAUUAUAUACUGUAUCAUAUAGAUUUAACUUAGGUAGCUCAUGCUUUAUUUAUUUUAUAAUUAAAAUAUUAUUCAGGGUUCCUUUUGAGUCUCAAAUUUCUUUAGUAUAAAAUUUAGGUAGUCAAUCACUGAAAAGCAGAAGUGCUGAAGAGUAAACACUGAGAACUUGUGGGUGUAAGCAAAAGUGAAGAGCAGACGGGAGGAUUCGCAGGAGUCUUUACAGAUCAAUUCUGACACAAAAUAAUGUUCAAUUAUUUAUAUAAUUAUUUCUAUGUUAUGUAUAAUUCUGCAAAUAAUAAAAAAAUAAUCUGGCUUCCUAAAA